UGCCUCCUGUGAAAAAAAAAAAAAAGGACAACAUUGCCACACUAUUGAAUUGAUUGCUGCCCCCCCUACCCAUCCCCCUCCCGACCCCCACCCCCCCGAGCCACCACCACCACAAAAAAAAAAAAAAAAAAAAAAAAAAAAAAAAAAAAAAAAAGACCGCUGGGAUCUGCCUGCACCGGGACCUCCUUCGCUCCGGCUCGGAGGUGGAUGCAUUUUUCAUGAGCGCUGGGUGAACAGGUGCAAAGUGCGGCGGGGCGGCCCGGCCCCGUACCCCGGCCCGCUUCGGGGCGGCGUGUGCGUGUCCGUGUGUCUGCCCGUGUCUGUGUGCGUGUCCGUGUGUGUGUGUGUGCGCCCCGGCGUGUGCAUGUGUGCGUGUGUGUAUUAGGAGAUUAUGGAGAGCAGCGACCGGGACAUGUACCGCCAGUUUCAGGACUGGUGUCUCAGGACUUACGGGGACUCAGGAAAAACCAAGACGGUGACCCGUAAAAAAUACGACCGGAUCGUCCAGCUCCUGAACGGCUCCGAGUCGAGCUCCACGGAUAAUGCCAAAUUCAAAUUCUGGGUCAAAUCUAAAGGCUUCCAGCUCGGCAACUCGGACGAGGUCAGUGGUGGUGCUGGAGGAGGGAAGCAAGUGCUGUACGUGCCAGUCAAAACCACGGAUGGAGUAGGUGUAGAUGAGAAGCUAUCUUUACGGCGGGUGGCUGUCGUAGAAGAUUUCUUUGACAUUAUCUAUUCCAUGCAUGUGGAAACUGGGCCCAAUGGAGAACAAAUCAGAAAACACGCUGGACAAAAGAGAACAUAUAAAGCAAUUUCAGAGACCUAUGCCUUCCUACCGAGAGAAGCGGUGACACGAUUUCUAAUGAGCUGCUCAGAGUGCCAGAAAAGAAUGCAUUUAAACCCAGAUGGAGCGGAUCAUAAAGAUAAUGGAAAACCUCCAACUUUGGUGACCAGUAUGAUUGAUUACAACAUGCCCAUUACUAUGGCUUAUAUGAAACACAUGAAGCUGCAGUUACUAAAUUCACAGCAAGAUGAGGAUGAGAGUUCUAUAGAAAGUGAUGAGUUUGAUAUGAGCGACUCAACUAGAAUGUCAGCUGUAAACUCUGACCUCAGCUCAAAUCUGGAGGAGAGAAUGCAAAGUCCUCAGAACCUCCAGGGCCAGCAGGAUGAUGAUUCAGCUGCAGAGAGUUUUAAUGGCAAUGAGACCGUGGGACACAGUUCCAAUGCUUCAGGGGGAACACACUGCAGGGAGAUGGCAGAAACCAACAGUAAUGGCAAAACAAAUCUGGAGCAGGAUGAGCAGCCUCUGAACCUGAGUGACAGCCCCCUCUCUGCUCAGCUGACUUCAGAAUACAGACUAGAUGAUCACAGCAGUAAUGGAAAGAACAAAUACAAGACUCUCCUAAUUUCUGAUCUCAAGAUGGAACGGGAGGCAAGAGAAAAUGGAAGCAAGUCCCCUGCACAUAGCUAUUCAAGCUAUGACUCUGGCAAGAAUGAGAGUGUAGGCAGAGGUGCUGAAGAUCUGUCUCUGAAUCGAGGAGAUGAGGAUGAGGAUGACCAUGAUGAGCAAGAAGAUCCUGAGAAGGUUAAUGAAUCAGAUGGGGUAGAAGCAGAGCGACUGAAAGCUUUUAACAUGUUUGUCAGGCUGUUUGUAGAUGAAAACUUGGACCGAAUGGUCCCAAUCUCUAAGCAGCCCAAAGAAAAGAUCCAGGCUAUCAUUGACUCAUGCAGGCGACAAUUCCCUGAGUAUCAAGAGCGUGCCAGAAAACGCAUACGUACUUACCUCAAGUCCUGCAGGCGGAUGAAAAGAAGUGGUUUUGAGAUGUCACGACCUAUUCCCUCACACCUUACUUCAGCAGUUGCAGAGAGUAUCCUGGCUUCCGCCUGUGAGAGUGAAAGCAGAAAUGCUGCAAAAAGGAUGCGGUUGGAUAGACAGCAGGAUGAGGCUGCUCCAGCUGACAAGCAGUGCAAACAAGAGCCAGCCCAGGUCACUUACUCAACAUCAGCUGUUUCCAGCACACAGGAGGUGUUGUACAUCAACGGCAAUGGGACCUACAGUUACCAUAGUUACAGAGGGCUCGGAGGUGGGCUGCUAAAUCUCAAUGAUGCUUCUAGUAGUGAUCUGCAGCCUACCUCUACCACAGCCACAACUCAGCACUGCAUCCCAGGCACCACGAACGUCCAGUCCCCUUCCAGCUCAGGUCCAACAGAUCUCAGUAUGAAGAGGCAGUUAGCAACCAGCUCUGGAUCCUCCAGUAGUUCCAGCUCCAGACCCCAGCUGAGUCCGACUGAAAUAAACGCAGUGAGGCAGCUUGUGGCAGGGUACCGAGAAUCAGCCGCGUUUUUAUUGCGCUCUGCAGAUGAACUGGAAAACCUUAUUUUGCAGCAGAACUGAGUCAUGUGACCUUCACACCGGCCUGGUCUUAUCUCAGAAUUUCCACUAAUGACAUUUUGAUUUCCCAGAGCACACACUUCAGUUACUGCACAGUCUUUUAGGAGAGUUAAUUACCAUAAUGCCACACUGUUCUUGAUCCAUAAAGUGAUGUGUUAAGGUGCUUCAAGUGAACUUCGACCUCUGGUGUUUCCGGGGUACUUUACUGUGUCCAGGCUAUUGCUUUUGUUUUAGUGUGUCAGCAUAAAUAUCGAAAAAGUGGCUAGAAAUUAACUCAUUCUAACAAGUGGAGGAAACAGAAGAUGCUGUGAUGGUUUUUUAAAACAAGUGGUUCAAGAUCCAAGUGCAAUAUUAGUGGAAUGUGAUACUGACUCAUUGGACUUAAAGCUGCAGUAUAUGGCAAAACAUUGCCAAAUGUCCUGUUGCUACAGGGCACAAUUGCAAUUAAAAGGAUCUUGUAUUUUAAAAAAAUGUAAUUUUUAUAAAAAAUGAAACAAAAGAUUUUUGUUUUCAUUCAAGAUUUUUCAUUUUUACUUUGGUAAACUUUUUCACUGGUCCUGAAAAUGUUUUGAGGAGCUAUUUUAAGUCCCCCUUUCCUCUCUUGAAUCCCUGGCUGUGCCCUUCUCCCCAACUUCAUAUUCUUUCUACAAUGAGUAACUCUUGAUGCUGGAUAAUUUCCUCCCCUGUGUACUGUAAAUUGUCAUCUAUGGAAUACCUUCCAAAGGAAGUAUGCAUUUUCUGCAUUCAUGCCAUAUUCAACUCCAUUCUGUAAUAUAUUGCAGCUUUAUUAGUGAUUAAUAAAGAGUUGAGCGUUUUUUAAAAAAGACAUAUCGUUGAGAAAAAAAAGAGAUGAUUUGAUUUCUUAUGGUGAGCUCAUCUGACUCCAUGAUCACUGCUGCUGUCUUAUACAAGUCCCUCUAGUUGUGAUUGGAUGUAGAUGAUGAAUGUUAAGAGGUUGCAAGUGACAAUCUGAAAAUUUGCACUCUUGUGUGUAUUUAUUUUUUUCCUUAAUUUAAACAAAAUUCUUACCAAGGAAGGUCAUUGACACUUCUGGUAUAAUUUGUAUAAUUCCCAGGCCUAGCUAAAACCUGUACAAAACUGUAAGUGGAUGCAGCUGCAACUGUAAUAAAACUCUUCUCUCCCCUUCCCCACUCUUCCCAACCUCUCUAUUUCUUAUUUUAUAAUAUUGAUUACACAUUAAUGGUGUUUUCUUUGUGCACUAUGGCAGGCUUCUUUUAAGUAUAUAGAAAGAAAGGUACUUUCGUUUAUGCUUAUUGUACUAUCUGUUCUGUUGUUUAGCUUUUGUUGAAUAACAAGUUUCUUGUGCAUUCCUAAAUUUGCCUUAUUUCAUGUACAAAAUUUUAUGUAAUUCCGUUUUUGACAAUGAGUUUAAGGCAUCAGUGAUAUUUUAUAUCUACUUGUUACAUAUAGUUUUCCAAGUAAUGACUGUGAUUGUGACCAAGUAAUGUGCACUUUUUCUUGUAACUGUGGACAUUGCUAUGCUUUUUUUUUCUCUAGUGUUUCUAGAAUUACUGUUGCUUACAGUUAUGUAAAAGAAAAAGAACUUUUGUGAUACUGUUGGUGAAUAUUAAUGUGAAAAAGCCUAUGAAAUAUGAGUAUUUUGGAGGUACAUAGAUACACAAACAUCUCUAAGUUGUGGACUCAUGUUCACAUAUUUAAAUGAGAAUUCAAAACCUGAGGGCUGGAAUCAUUUCCUCUGUUUUGUUUGGGUAAAUAAACAGAUUUCUGUGUUUAAA